CGUAACUGUCAAUUCUUAUUGCAGGAGUUCGGGAGGAAUGUUUUAUUUGUAUUACAAAAUAAUUGAAUAAAACUCCUUGAUAUAACAGAAUUGUUCAUAUCCAGAAUUAUUUUUGCAAUGGCAUUAGCUAUGAGAAGGUCAUCAAGUGAGCUUUUUGGAGCAGCGAAAUGGUUUAUAAGGAGAGAUUGCCGUGCCUUAUCAACUGUUCCUGAAAGAGCUGAAGAAGCUACUGUUUCACCGAAACGAGAAAGACAAGUACAGUCCCGUUUACGAGCCAACGCAAGAAAUCCAAACUUGUCCUUACGCCAUGUAUAUCCUGAAUUCCUGCCUGAUCCCAACCCAAAAUGGAGGAACAGUCUACGUGAGAAACUGGAGAGAAGCGAUAUGUUGAAAAGGCGUAGCCAAAUUGAUAUACCUGAAUUUUAUGUUGGCUCAAUUCUAGCUGUGACCAUAGCUGAUCCCCAUGCUCAGGGCAAGACUAAUAGAUUUGUGGGAAUUUGUAUUGAACGCAAAGGAUGUGGUUUAAGGGCUGAAUUUACACUGAGAAAUGUUGUUGAUAACCAGGGUGUUGAGGUGAGGUAUGAUCUUUAUGAUCCCACAAUGCAAAGCAUCCAGGUUCUUCGCCUUGAGAAGAGACUAGAUGACAAACUGUUCUACUUGAGGGAUGCUCUGCCUGAGUACAGCACAUUCCCAUUUGACAUGGACCCUGAAAUAUUGCCUGAAGGCACACCUGUACCUGUAAAUCCUGUGCAGGUUAAACUUAAACCAAGACCCUGGCUAGAAAGGUGGGAGAGACAAGAAUUGAAAGGUGUAGCCAACAUUGAGGAGCAUUUGAAGGAGAAGGAUAGAGUCAGGAGAGAGUUGCGGGCUACACCAUGGGAGAAAUAUGACCUGAUGAAGCAAUACAGAAAAACAAUUCCUGUUGAGGAUCAGAAUGAUAUUUGGGCGGAAGUGAACCAUCAACUGAGGCAGCUGCAACUUACGCGCAAGACCACUUCAAGGAAACGUACAUUCACCACGCCUAAACCUCAACUCGGAUAGAAUCUUAGUUUUUAUUGAUUAUGUUCAGAAGUAGUUUAUUAAAGUACAUAUUGUUACAAAUA